UAGAGAAGAGAAGUGGGUGUCUGAAUGGUGGAGUUGUCUGCAAAUGCUCACUCCGCUUCAGACAACCCAAUCUCCGAAACGUUUCCAGCAUUCCUCUUUUCAAACACGCCCUCUUCCCAUCUCUCGCCGGAACCAUUCUCAGUAUCUCUAAAAGCACUCAAGUUGGCAGGUGUUCAUGGAGUUGUAGUUGAGAUUUGGUGGGGAGUCGUAGAACGUUUCUCUCCCCUUGCAAAUGACUGGUCUCUAUAUGAACAGGUGAACUCAAUCUAUCUAACUUGUGCUUUUGUAAUGUGGAAGCUGUCCUCAACUUUUCUUGUUCCUGCAUCACAAACUGAAACAAACAAACGUGAAAGAAUUUAGUGAUCUGCGCAUUGUAGUUUCUGAACUCUGGCAGCCUUGAAGUUAAUGUAUAUGCUAUGCAAUAUAAAGUGCUAAUCUCAAGUUUGCAUAUACUCACCUCCACUUGAUAUUUGUCCAUGUUGCAUGCCCUCUGAGAUAACCCUGUUGGGCACGCC